UCUGGGGCAGUCUCUACAUGAUGUCACUCAGGACUACAGGACCAACCACCCUACACCUCUGCAAUGGAGAAGGCAGAAAUGGAGAAACGAACACAAUCACUGCUAUUCUGUCAUUAACCACUCUGUAGACAUGUGUCCCCACCAGAAGGUGUAAACUGCACCAAAGGGGGAAGCUUUUGGGCCCCCAGACCACUAGCACUUUUGACUGCCACCCCAGAGAGAAGGCAGAGCCAUGGCAUCUUAUAGCUGCUGUUUGGCCCUCUUGGCUCUCGCCUGGCACUCUUCUGCCUAUGGGCCUGACCAGCGAGCCCAAAAGAAGGGGGACAUUAUCCUUGGGGGUCUCUUUCCUAUCCAUUUUGGAGUAGCAGCCAAAGAUCAAGAUCUGAAGUCAAGACCAGAGUCUGUGGAGUGCAUUAGGUAUAACUUCCGUGGAUUUCGAUGGUUACAAGCCAUGAUAUUUGCCAUAGAGGAGAUAAACAGCAGCCCCAGGCUUCUUCCCAACAUGACACUGGGAUACAGGAUAUUCGACACCUGCAACACUGUCUCCAAGGCCUUGGAGGCCACCUUGAGUUUUGUGGCCCAGAACAAAAUUGAUUCUCUGAACCUGGAUGAAUUCUGCAACUGCUCAGAGCACAUCCCUUCGACUAUUGCAGUGGUGGGAGCAACCGGCUCGGGUGUCUCCACUGCAGUAGCCAACCUGCUGGGGCUCUUCUACAUCCCCCAGGUGAGUUAUGCCUCCUCCAGCAGGCUCCUCAGCAACAAGAACCAGUACAAAUCAUUCCUCCGCACCAUCCCUAAUGAUGAGCACCAGGCCACCGCCAUGGCCGACAUUAUCGAGUAUUUUCGCUGGAACUGGGUGGGCACAAUUGCAGCUGAUGAUGACUAUGGCCGGCCAGGCAUUGAGAAGUUCCGAGAAGAAGCUGAGGAGAGGGACAUCUGCAUUGACUUCAGUGAGCUUAUCUCCCAAUACUCUGAUGAGGAAGAGAUCCAGCACGUGGUGGAAGUGAUCCAGAACUCCACAGCCAAGGUCAUUGUUGUUUUCUCCAGUGGCCCGGACCUAGAGCCCCUCAUCAAGGAGAUUGUGAGGCGCAACAUCACAGGCAGGAUCUGGCUGGCCAGUGAGGCCUGGGCCAGCUCCUCCUUGAUUGCUAUGCCUGAGUACUUCCAUGUGGUCGGGGGCACAAUUGGGUUUGGUCUGAAGGCUGGGCAGAUCCCAGGCUUCCGAGAAUUCCUGCAGAAAGUCCAUCCCAGGAAGUCUGUCCACAAUGGUUUUGCCAAGGAGUUUUGGGAAGAAACAUUUAACUGCCACCUGCAAGAAGGUGCUAAAGGACCUUUACCUGUGGACACCUUCAUAAGAAGUCAUGAGGAAGGUGGAAACAGGUUAAGCAAUAGCUCUGUUGCCUUCCGACCCCUCUGUACAGGGGAUGAGAACAUCAGCAGUGUGGAGACCCCUUACAUGGACUACGAACAUUUGCGGAUAUCCUACAAUGUGUACUUAGCCGUCUACUCCAUUGCCCAUGCCCUGCAAGAUAUAUACACCUGCUUACCUGGAAGAGGGCUUUUCACCAAUGGGUCCUGUGCAGACAUCAAGAAGGUUGAGGCCUGGCAGGUCCUGAAGCACCUACGGCACCUUAACUUUACCAACAACAUGGGGGAGCAGGUGACAUUUGAUGAGUAUGGUGACCUGAUGGGGAACUACUCCAUUAUCAACUGGCACCUCUCCCCAGAGGACGGCUCCAUUGUGUUCAAGGAAGUCGGGCAUUACAACGUGUAUGCAAAGAAGGGCGAGAGACUCUUCAUCAACGAGGAGAAGAUCCUGUGGAGUGGGUUCUCCAGAGAGGUGCCCUUCUCCAACUGCAGCCGGGACUGUCUGGCAGGGACCAGGAAGGGGAUCAUUGAGGGGGAGCCCACCUGCUGCUUUGAGUGUGUGGAGUGUCCUGAUGGGGAGUACAGCGAUGAGACAGAUGCGAGUGCCUGUGACAAGUGCCCGGAUGACUUCUGGUCCAAUGAGAACCACACUUCGUGCAUUGCCAAGGAGAUUGAGUUUCUGGCGUGGACUGAGCCCUUUGGAAUCGCUCUCACUCUCUUUGCAGUGCUGGGCAUUUUCCUGACAGCCUUUGUGCUGGGCGUCUUCAUCAAGUUCCGAAACACGCCCAUCGUCAAGGCCACCAACCGCGAACUGUCCUACCUCCUGCUCUUCUCACUGCUCUGCUGCUUCUCCAGCUCCCUGUUCUUCAUCGGGGAGCCCCAGGACUGGACAUGCCGCCUGCGCCAGCCUGCCUUUGGCAUCAGCUUCGUGCUCUGUAUCUCAUGCAUCUUGGUGAAGACCAACCGCGUCCUCCUGGUCUUUGAGGCCAAGAUACCUACCAGCUUCCACAGGAAGUGGUGGGGACUCAACCUGCAGUUCCUGCUAGUUUUCCUCUGCACCUUCAUGCAGAUCGUCAUCUGCGUGAUCUGGCUCUACACGGCACCCCCCUCCAGCUACCGCAACCAUGAGCUGGAAGACGAAAUCAUCUUCAUCACGUGCCACGAGGGCUCACUCAUGGCGCUCGGCUCCCUGAUCGGCUACACCUGCCUGCUGGCUGCCAUCUGCUUCUUCUUCGCCUUCAAGUCCCGGAAGCUGCCAGAGAACUUCAACGAAGCCAAGUUCAUUACCUUCAGCAUGCUCAUCUUCUUCAUUGUCUGGAUCUCCUUCAUUCCGGCCUACGCCAGCACCUACGGCAAGUUUGUCUCUGCCGUGGAGGUGAUCGCCAUCCUGGCAGCCAGCUUUGGCUUGCUGGCCUGCAUCUUCUUCAACAAGGUCUACAUCAUCCUCUUCAAGCCUUCCAGGAACACCAUCGAGGAGGUGCGCUGCAGCACCGCUGCACAUGCUUUCAAAGUGGCAGCCCGUGCUACGCUACGCCGUAGCAACGUCUCCCGCAAGCGGUCCAGCAGCCUCGGAGGUUCCACGGGUUCCAUUCCUUCCUCCUCCAUCAGUAGCAAAAGCAACAGCGAAGACCCGUUCCCACAGCCAGAGAGGCAGAAGCAACAGCAGCCGCUGGCCCUGUCCCAGCAAGAACAGCAGCAGCAGCAGCAGCAGCAGCCCCUGACUCUACAGCAACAGCAGCCGCUGCCACAGCAACCGAGAUGCAAACAGAAGGUCAUCUUCGGCAGUGGCACGGUCACCUUCUCUCUGAGCUUUGAUGAGCCUCAGAAGAACGCUAUGGCCCACAGGAACUCCAUGCGUCAGAACUCCCUGGAGGCCCAGAAGAGCAACGACACCUUGAGCAGACACCAGACUCUGCUCCCACUGCAGUGUGCAGACCCAGACUCAGAAAUGACCAUUCAGGAAAUGGGCCUGCAAGGGCCCAUGAUGGGGGACCACCAGCCGGAAAUGGAAAGUCCAGAAGAAAAGUCCCCAGCCCUGGUCGUGUCCACCUCUCGGAGCUUCGUCAUUAGCGGUGGUGGUAGCUCGGUCACGGAAAACAUACUGCACUCUUAAUGGAGGUAAAGACGGCCUGUCCUGCUGAUAGAGUUUUUCCUAGAGUCCCAGGAAUAAGGAUGGGUCCUUCCGUUCUUCCCAGGAAGCCAGGGAUGAUAAGUACAUCAAAUGCCUGUGCUCGGUUGCACUGCUUUGAAUGAAAGGAACUGACUCGUGUGCUCUUUAAAGUUAAAACAAGAGCCAUGUAUUGGAGUUGUUUUCCAGAGCCCAGUACCAUACCAGAGUUUAUUGAAGUCUCUCUUCCUUUACUCUAUCCAUCAACAGCUCAGACGAAAGCAGGGCUCUAAGCUACUCACCUACGCUCUCCUUUAAAAAAUGCGUAUAUCCAGCAAUGCCUGCCCUGAGAUUCCAUGGACAGCAUGAUCUGAAUCACAGUCCAAAGACAGACCAACAGGACAUCAGAUCUGUCACUGCUUGAAUAGAGUCUGCAAACCAGUCUGUCACUGAGACUGUCUAACACAUUGACAGUGGAUGGAACUUUACAUGUUCAAGACGUCAGCAAGAUGUGUCCUCUCUUAUUUAUAGAGACCUUAAGAAGUGUGGUCUUUUUAUCAUCCCUGCUGCUGCUAUUGUGUGACAUCUAUCAAUUCUGUGUCCUUUCUGUGGCACCAUGUUGGGGAUGUGUCCAGAAUGCCAUGUUUAGGUCUCAGGAUUAUAAGAUCACCUCUAAGCACUGGGGAAGGACUGACGAAUCCAAUGGUCUGUCUCCAUAAUUAAUAUUGCUGUACAUAGCUUUACCCUUAAGAAAACACUUCUGUUGUUGAAGUGUUGCAGUCUGGGUUCUCCAUGGCAGUAUUAUUGAGUUCUGUUGUCCUUUCCCAUCCCUCACCCCAGUGAGCAGAGCCCAUGUGGUCCCUCUCAAGCCCAUAGCUUCUGAAACUCUCCCAUCCCUACACUAAAGGCUUUGUGAAGCCAAUUCCAGAUCUGGCUCUGUGGAGAGUACCCUCCCAGAAGAAAGUGUGGUUCCCAGUGAAGGCCACAGUUCCUUCAGCAGUGAAAUUAAAGGUGCUCACCGGCCACCUCACUGCUGAGAACUCAAACUUUGGAUGACAGGGACCAAGGUUCAGGCUAUGGCUUGGUCACUGGCAAGAUGGGCGAUAAUAAGCAAGGAGCCACAGCCUCUUUAAGCCCAGCUUUUCUGCAUCUAAGUAGGAUGUUACGGUUCUUUGCCUAUGCGGCUCUCACAUGGGUAGAGGGCGAGCAUGUGUCAACAUAUUUUAGCAUGGUGCCUAACACCUAAUAAGCACUUAGUGUUAGUAAAUAUGAUUAGUGAUACAGUAACUACUAGUUUCCACUUGCUUAGACUAUGCUAUAGUUUGGAUUAUGACCCUCAAGGUCCACAUAUUAAAAGACUGGUCCCUUGUAUGGUCCUCUUGGAAGGUCAUGGUGCGUUCAGUAAGUAGGGCUUAGUAGGACAUAGUUCAAGUGAGGGUAUACCUUUGAAGGGAGUUAUGGGACUCUGGCCCCAUUCUUUGUCUCUUUUUAUUUCCUGACUGUUAAGAUGAACAGUCUGCGAUGACACAGGGCUGCCCAUUGUUGCCACCCAGCUUCCCACCAGGAACCCAGUGGUCCACAUGAGCAUGGACCAGAACCUCCAAAGCAAAGCAUCAAGAUUAACCUCUUUGACACUCUAAUUAUCUGACGUAUUUUAUUAUGCUGAGAGAAAGCUGACAAAUACAGAAUAUAAGGCAAAACUUUUUAAGCAUUCAGAUUUUAAUGCCUAAUCCGCUGAUCACAAUAGCUUGCUUCAGGAUAAGCCCAAAAUUAGUGAGGCCCAGGUCAAGGUGUCAGCAGAAGCCAGAUCCUACUAGCACCCCCCAAAAGCCCCAAAGUUCUGCCUCUGUGAUAACAGUAUCACUUCCAGCAUUAUUGUAGCAUUGUUGGUAGUUUCUCAGAUCAGAUUCCACCGAGCUACACUGAUCUCAAGACCAUGCCACAGAAUGUGCACCUGUCAGUGGUUUAAAUUUACAGAGUCUUCCCUGACCAUUUCCUUCUGAGGGUUCUUAAGGUAACAGUUGGCACUAUAAUCAUGGAGAGUAUUGAUGAACUGCAAGAGGGUGCAGUAGAAUUCCGCCCUGUCACAGAGCACAAAACUGUCCUGGUGGGGCAGUAACACUCCAGUCAGUAAGGGAACAGCCUGGCAGAGCCUGUUCAUCUGCUGUCACCCUCUGAGAAGGCACCAUGCUGGGUGAGGGUUCAUUUUUAACAUUUCACUUGACCCUAAAAUAAAUAAACAAAAUAGCAGUCAAACAUUUAGUGGCUUUUCAAAAACACCUCACAAAACUGUGUGGCAAUAACCUUUGUAUAAUGGCACACACUCUUCCUUCAUGUUCUUAUUGCACAUGGUCCCUUCUUCCACAAGUAAUCUCCUCAUCCCAUAGUGAAAAACUGAUGCUCAUCAAGGAAAACAUGUUGCAAUAUGUUCAUUAUGACAGGGGCUUGCAAAUCAAGUGGCCUUUAUGAACAGCCUAAUCAGAAAGGCACAUGGGACCACCACACUAGUCACAACUCUGCAUCCAAUCACAGGGAUAAGAUAGGAAUUUCAUUAUGCCUCUAUAGCAACCGACCUUUUCAUCUCAAAUUCCUGUUCUGCCAGCAACUGAAGCUAUAGUUAAAUCAAGUUGGGUACCCCACCCCCAGCCCCAGUAAUUUCAGAGUUUUCUCAUUCCAAUUCUAUUUUUAGGUAUCUGCUCAGGAGUUUUUUCUUCUUCUUCUUCUUCUUCUUCUUCCUCUUUCCAGUAAGUCAGUGAGGGGUGAGGGUCUUCAGUCAUAGGCAGUUCCUCUUAGCAUUGCUGAAGCCAUCUUCUCUGUCUCUCAGUAUUAGUGUCUCUAUGUUGGCUUCUUCUAUGUAUCUGUGGCAGUCCAUUUUCUGUUCAUGUAACAGACUAACCAAGCAGGCCAACUUUAUAGAGAAACGAGGUUUACUUAACUCAUAGUUCUGCUGGCUCACGGGCCAAGACCAUACGAUUGCCAUUGGUUACCACAAUGGCAGGAAAGCACUGGAAGGAAGGGAUUAAGUACUAAAAUAGUAAGUCAGAGGAUGAUUCAGGGGUCAGCUUUACUCUUACAACAACUCAUUCUUGAUACUCCAGGGUCCCCAUAAGAACUACCUUAAUUCCUCAAAAAGCAGAUCCCCCAGUGACCUAAAGUCCUCCCACAAGACUUCACCUCUCAGCACCAUCAUACUAGGGGCCAAGCCCUCAACACAUAGACCCCUUGGAAACCAUAUCCAAACCAUGAAAGCAUCAUUUCCCCAGCCAUUCCCCAACCAUAGGUUCUGUGGUGGUUCCCAUGGAUGAAUCACUCUCAACUGUGACCCUUCCCAGCUCUGCAAGCUCCCUCAGCUCCCUCCAAGCCCAUCCUAGGGACUAGUAAACCCUAUGAUCUCUCAAUAUAGUGACCACUUGACUGCUGCCCAACCAUGUCAAUAUUGUUACCAAGCAUGCAGAGCACACACAAGUAAGGAAUAGGGUAAAAUGCCGGCAAGCCAGUGUGGAGCUGUGUGCUUCACAGAACAAUGCUCAGCCAAAGAAGCCCAAGACUCCAGCCUCAGAGUCUGUGAUUGCCUCAGAGCCACGGUGAUCUAAGUUGCUGACCAAAUUCAGAUUCCUUCCAGUUAAUCAUGAGGUGGGAGCCUGCAGAACGACCAGUGACAGGUGGCACAAAAUGAGGAAGACUGCAGACCUUCCAUCCUCUACUGCUUUGUGUGUGGAAGGAAAUGAGGGGCAAUGGGGUAUGGGCUGUUUCUGGAAGCUGGACAGAGUAAGAGUCCCGAUUCUCCCCAAGAAUUUCCAGGAAGGCACAUGGAGCUGGAGACCUUGGUUCAGCCCAGUGAGACCCUUUUAGGACUUCUGACCUCUGGAACUGUAAGAUAAUAAAUUUGUGUUGUUUUAAA